CACGCCGAGAAGGAGCGGAUACAGCUCGAAAGCGGAGCGGUCGUGCCGGUAUCAAGGGCCUGUGCAGUUUUGGUCCAUUGUCAUCGUUUUUGACGUGAAGCAGCGAGCAAACUCGUCAAAUAGAUCACGUGCAUGCGAAUAUCGUACGAUAAUACGUAUGUAUUAUCGAUAGGGGAACUACACAAAAGCCAGUGUACGCGGGUGUGUGUGUUCAUCGGUGUGUCUAUGCGAGAGCAACCGCGUGCGGGCGGUUCCCACACGUCCGUGCAACAAGUGUCAUACACGGCAGCGCGGUGAAUAAACGACUGUUUCGAAGAGGCUCUAUAUAGACGCUGUGCAUGGUGUUCGUUGUUUUGACAGAGGAUAGAGAGGAUCACCGGCGAGGAUGGGCUGCGCGGUGAGCACCACCGGCGAGAAAGAAGCUGCGGAGAGGUCUAAGAAGAUCGACAAGGAUCUUAGAGCCGAUGGCGAGCGAGCCGCCAGUGAGGUCAAGCUCCUCUUGCUCGGAGCGGGAGAAUCUGGGAAAUCUACGAUAGUGAAACAAAUGAAAAUUAUACACGAAACUGGCUACAGCAAAGAGGAAUGUGAACAAUAUAAACCUGUAGUAUAUAGCAACACGAUACAAAGCCUUAUGGCAAUAAUCAGAGCCAUGGGACAACUUAGAAUCGAUUUUGCAGACCCUAACAAAGCGGAUAUAGCACGCCAAUUCUUUACCCUAGCUUCUGCGGCAGAGGAGGGUGAGCUAACUGGGGAACUGGUGCUAUUAAUGAAACGAUUGUGGCAGGACGCGGGAGUACAGCUUUGUUUCACGCGUAGUAGGGAAUACCAACUGAAUGACUCGGCAGCAUACUAUCUUAACGCUUUAGAUCGCAUAGCGCAACCUAAUUACAUUCCUACCCAACAAGAUGUUCUAAGAACGCGCGUAAAAACAACGGGAAUUGUAGAAACACAUUUCUCUUUUAAAGGUUUACACUUUAAAAUGUUUGAUGUUGGUGGUCAACGAUCGGAAAGAAAAAAAUGGAUACACUGUUUCGAAGGUGUUACCGCUAUUAUUUUCUGCGUCGCGCUAAGUGGCUAUGAUUUGGUUCUAGCGGAAGACGAAGAAAUGAAUAGGAUGAUCGAAUCGAUGAAACUAUUCGAUUCCAUUUGCAAUAGCAAAUGGUUCGUUGAAACGUCGAUUAUUUUAUUUUUAAACAAAAAAGAUCUUUUCGAAGAGAAGAUCACCAGGAGCCCCUUAACUAUUUGUUUCCCAGAAUAUAAAGGUGCCAACACUUACGAAGAAUGUGCUUCUUAUAUUCAAAUGAAAUUCGAAAAUUUGAAUAAAAGAAAAGAUCAGAAACAAAUUUAUACACAUUUCACAUGUGCCACUGACACCUCUAAUAUACAGUUUGUUUUUGAUGCUGUAACCGAUGUUAUUAUCAAGAACAACUUGAGUAAUUGUGGUUUACUAAGUUAAACGUUUCGAUAUUCUAUUGAAUCAAAAGCGCUAGAUCGAUAAUCUAAGGUUUAUAAACCGGUAUGUAAAUGCACAAAGGAUAUACAUGAUGAGACUGAACAAACUUUUUUUUUUUUUUUUUUUUU